AUGUCACAUGCGCAGACGCUUCAGAUCACUGCGAGGCUAGGCAACUGUUCUCGAGCCGGUCGAUGGCUAUACGAGGCGGCCGAGAUGGCCGAAGCGAUCGGUAGCGAAUCGGAAGAAAACCCCAUUCUGCAACAGUUCAUCCUAACCGAUUUUCAUUGCAGCUAUGACAGGAGUGACUGA